UCUGUGUUCCUCGCCGCGGUCCUCGCGGUCCCCUCGCAGGCGCUGCACUUCUUCAUCGACGGCGCCGUCCAGAAGUGCUUCUUCGAAGAGCUACCAAAGGACACGCUGGUCGUUGGCCACUACGACGCCAAAGUCUGGGACGACGCCGCAAAGAACUACAUCUCCAAGCCCGACGUCGGCGUCUUCAUCACCGUCGAGGAGACCUUCGACAACAACCACCGCGUCGUCGCCCAGCGCGGCUCCGGCACCGGCAAAUUCACCUUCAGCGCUGCCGACAGCGGCGAGCACCGGCUCUGCGUGGUGCCCCAGAAUGUCCAGCAGGGUGGCGCAUGGUUCGGCAGCGGUGUCCACGCGAGCGUCAAGUUCACGCUAGACCUGGCCAUCGGGGAGACCAGCAAGAUUGAGAGCACGGACAAGACCAAGCUCGAUGAUCUGUCACAGAAGGUCCGGGAUCUGAACAGCAGGCUGCAGGAUGUGCGGCGGGAGCAGAUUUUCCAGCGGGAGCGCGAGGCCGAAUUCCGCGACCAGUCCGAGCACACCAAUGCCCGCGUCGUGCGGUGGACCCUCAUCCAGCUCGCCGUCCUCGGCAUCACCUGCGCCUGGCAGCUGUCGCAUCUGCGCGCCUUCUUCAUCAAGCAGAAGCUCACGUAAGAAGGGUCUACUACGAGGCGCGGAAGGUGUGAGGCAAUACCAUGUACGGCUGGGAAAAGGUUCGCGCAGGUCUUACGGGCUUUUGGGUGCAUUGGCGGGCUGUACUGUAGGAAUUCGCGGCGUUACUUGGGUCUCGAUUAGCGAUGGCGAUAGAAUUGAUGCACGUUGUCAUGUCAGGUGGACUGCAAUGCGAGUGAAGUGCGUGGGGAUCAACGAUGGCACUGCGGUGCGAGGGUGUUGUCCCCAGAUGAGCUGCCGCGGUCAUCGUACAGUGUGCCUACAGCGGUUGCCACUUGCCCACACGUUCAGCCAUGUGCAAGCGGGCUGCUCCAGGCACUUAGUCCCGCAAUAGUUCCUCGCAUAGCUGUCUCAAUCCAACCGACCUCCAGUCCUUGGGCAGCCUACUAUACAUGAUGCCGAAUG